AUGAGUAAUAAACAACAACAACAACAACUACAAGGAUGGACCGCAAUAGGAGUGACAGCAUCUACAUAUGAACAGGCACAACAGUAUAUAAAAGAGUUGGAGUUUAGACAACGUGAUGGUCUGAUUGAUCAACAUACUAGACUUAUUCCCAUCACUGAUCCUGCAGUCAAUGAGGUGAACACUCAGAAUAAUACAAAGAUCGGUACAGGUACAUCAACUUUGAACGCUCUGUUUGUAAUACUGGAGAAGUUGAGUGUGUCGUCGGGCAAGGCCUACGUCGACUCGGACCUCAUCAAGAGCUCAAAGAUCCUUUUGCUCAACAUUGGUGGCCUUCACAAUCAGAUGCCCCUGGUCAAUCUCAGCACCAAGUCCUUCACCAUACUACCGUUGGAGAAUGCCAAGCUGACGUACCUCACGCCAAGCACCAUCCCCGACACUGCCGUCUGUCCAAUCGACAUAUUGCUCAGCAAUCUCAACCGCAUCGUUGUCAACUGUGGCCCGGGAAUGGUGAUUGCCAGCACAGAGUCGCUCUUACUCCUGGACGAUGAGAACCCUUUACUGUCGGACACCACGCUCUGGAACUCUCAUGGUGUCACGAUUGCCACGCUCUCGGUGCCCAAGAGCCAAGCCACUCGACAUGGUGUUUGUCGCUUUGACAAGGUUACUGGAGCCGUGGACAACAUCGGAUACCAACUCACCGAGGAACAGCUCCGUGAUCAAGGAUACCUUGACUCUCAGGACCGUGCUCAGGUCUACACUGGCAUGGUUAGACUGUGUGAUAAGACCACGGAGAAGUUCCUUUACCUAUACUCACAGGCACCAAUGGAUUCGUGCACAUAUCUUGGUGUGGACAAUGGUGCCAUCCUCGUCAAGUUUGGUUGGAUACCCGAUGUCCUGUUGACCAUGGCCAAGGAUCAAACAUGGGAGACCUAUCUUGCCAUUGAGAAACCUGCUCAUCAAAACACCAAGUACAUCACAGAGAAGGCCAGGAAGCUUCUUUGGAAGACAUUCCGUGGCACUCCAUUAAGAGCUGCUCCACUCAAAGGAAUCUAUUGUUACUUUAGACAUUCAAAGGACUUGUUGAACUUUGUUAAUGUACAAAAGGAUGUGCCAGUGUCAAGGUUCAUCCAUUCAUUCAAUGACAAUAAGAACCCGAUCAAGGCAACCGUGAUCAAUAGUAUAUUGCAUGGAGAUGGGCAUGCUGAGGAGGGAAGUAUCAUCUACAACUGCUCCCUCAGUGGUAACUGGCACAUUGGAAAGGAUACUAUUGUACUGGGCGUGCGUGACUUCUCCUACGGCACUCACUUUGCCAAUCGCAUGGCCAUCUCUGAGAUCAGACUGCGUCCACAAAAGUCAAUCAGACAAUCGGCAAGCGUCGACGCUGAUCAACGCCUCAAAGUGCUCGUCACCCUGGGCAUUGACGACGACAUUGACCUGGUCUACACUGACACCUGUGCUACCAUUGCCAAUCGUCCAUGGUCUGAGUUCCUUCAAAAGACUGGCAUUUCGCCAGAGGAGAUAUGGGAGCCAAACACUCAUCGUCUACUAAGAACCGCACGCAUAUUCCCAGUGUUGACGGGAGAGGUUGGCGAGCUACUCGAGACCGCCCUCUGGAUUCAGACCAACGAGGUCCCCUCAUUGAGCAUCAUUGGCCGCUGGCGCUCUUCAAGACGACUGUCCAUUGCUGAUAUCUGUGGCGAGUCGCCACUGUUCCGCGUCAACAAGUCUGACGAUGCUAUCCCACAUUCAAAGUCAUUCGAAGGCGAUGUGUCCUUUUCAUUCCAGUGGCGCAGAGACCUCAGCUUCCUCAUCGACACACACAUUGUCGAGAAGAUCAUACUGGCUGGCGAGGACAAGUGCAUCAUCCCAUACUUUAAGAAAUGGGCAAAGACAAAGGACCUGUCAUUGAGCAAGAUAUUGGCUGCAUUGGACAGGAUCGCAUUGUCUGCACCAACACAGUAUAUUGGAAGAAUGCUGUCGGCAAUCUCUGACUUCCUCGCCAUCUACACUGCUGGUGAGGGUGGUCUGCGCUCUGGACCUGCCCGCAACUGUGCAUGGGAGCAGGCAUUGCAGUGCUUCGUGCGCAAGGAUGAGCGCAAGGGUAUCACGGCGUUGGCCAAGGAGAGAGAGAGGUGGAUCAACUCACCAGAGAACAUGAUCCGUGCCGCACGCCACUAUGAAGGUGCCGGACAAAUAUUCAUCAAGAACAUCGUCGACACCUGUAUUGUACAACUCCAGACUCAUAAGGAUGGCCCAUCCAAGAUUGAUCAAUGGUGCAAUGUGUCCAUGCCUGCAAGGAUCGACCUGUCAGGAGGUUGGUCCGACACCCCACCCAUCUGCUACGAGCACGGUGGCCAGGUGGUCAAUGUUGCCAUCACAGUCGAUCAACGCCGACCAAUCGUCGUCCGUGCCAGACGUGUGGCCAAGCCACACAUUGUACUUCAUGUCGAGAGCAUUGACUCUGACGCAGUGAUCUGCACCAAGUUUGAUGAUCUCUCAGACUACAGCAGACCACAAGCUCCAGCCGCAUUGCUCAAAGCCUGUUUCCUGCAGCUAGGACUCGUCAGUCAAAACAGCGGAGAGACAUUGGAGACCCAGAUCGAGAAGCUCGGUGGUGGAAUGGAGGUCGUGUCAGCUUCCAACCUACCUCAGGGCUCUGGCCUUGGAACGUCGAGCAUUUUGGCCGCUGGUCUACUGUGCGCAAUGGCUCGUGUCUAUGGCAGACACUACAACGACCAACAUCUGGUGCAUGCCGUGCUUCGUGUGGAGCAGAUGUUGACCACUGGUGGUGGAUGGCAGGAUCAGGUCGGUGGCAUUGUCGGUGGAUUCAAGGUUGCCAGAUGUGACAAGAGAAGUGAUCUUAUCAGUGUGGAGCAUCGUGUGUUGAACAUCAACCAACAGUCAAUCGACAGACUCAAUGACCAUCUCUUGCUGAUAUACACUGGCAGGACACGUUUGGCCAGAGACCUACUUCAAGAUGUUAUCAGACGAUGGUACGCCAAGACCGAGGAGAUAUUGAACGUCACUGAUGCCUUGGUGUCCACCACGGACAAGAUGGCACAUGCCCUAGAGAAGGUGGACGUGUCAGAGGUUGGCAAGCUACUGCACACCUAUUGGGAGCAGAAGAAGUGCAUGGCCAGUGGUGCCGAGCCCACACAUGUGGCCAACCUGAUCAAUCUGAUCAAGGAGUACGUCCACGGCUACUCGUUGGUUGGUGCCGGUGGUGGUGGAUUCAUGGUGGUAAUUACCAAAGAGAAGAACACCGUCACGAGAGAACUGAUCAAGGCCAAGCUCGCCAGCGAUGAGAACUUCUCAUCAGUAACACUGCACAGUGCAGAGAUCGAUAUCAAGGGAAUGGAGGUAUCAUUCGAAUAA